AUGGCGGCAGAUGUUCGGGCGAAAUACCGCACGGAGAUCCAGCAGAUGAUGUUCGUCUCGGGCGAGACUGGCGAUGUCUCACCAGAGACCACGAGCAUGAUUGAAGGAAUCGUGCAACAGCAGGUUUUGGAAAUGCUGCGACGCGCGACAGAACUUGCUGGCCGGCGCGGGGUCCGCACAAUCAGCACAGACGAUCUCAUCUUCUUGAUUCGCCACGACAAAGCCAAAGUGUCCCGGCUACGCACUUUCCUGUCCUGGAAAGAUGUCCGGAAAAGCGCCAAGGAUAGCGAUGAAAAGGGCGGCGGUGGGGGUGAUGCCGGCGGUGUCGACGACUUUGACCUCGCUACGAACGACCCUACCCUGGGCACUGGACCGGCCGUGGGUACGAGGAACAACAAAACGAAGAAGGCCAAGGUCGGGCUACCCUGGGAUGUGAGCAGUUUCUACGCGGAGCAAGUGCCCGAGAGGGAUGACGAAGAAGACGAGGAGGAAGAGGAGAUGAAUGCGGCAACGCUGCAGCGACUCAAGCAGGCCGACGAUCGCACCAAGGGCAUGAACGCGGAGGAGUACCUGCACUUUUCCGAAUGCCGGCAAGCAUCCUUCACCUUUCGCAAAGGCAAAAGAUUCAAGGAAUGGGCGGGCUUUGGCAUGGUGACUGAGAGCAAGCCGAACGACGACAUCAUCGACAUCUUGGGCUUCCUCACGUACGAGAUUGUGACUUUGCUGACGGAAGAGGCGCUCAAAGUCAAGGCUGCCGAGGAUGCGCUGAAGCGCGAGAGCGGUGGAGAUGAGGAGAAGCGGGGGAGGAAGCGAAGACGGGAGCCGGGACUGUUUGAUCCGCCUCAAGAAGCACGAACACCCGUUGACCAUCGGCAUAUCCAAGAGGCUUUUCGCCGGCUGCAAAAAGCGGAGCUCAAGACCAAUUAUCUCUCUCAUGUGUCCAAGGGCAACUGGCAGCGGUCGUUGAAACUGAUAUGA